ACCAAACACAGCCAGGAGUCUCUUUUAGAAGUCACUGUUCUCCUUUAAGAUCUUUCUGCAGGAACCUUUGAACUUCAGAAGACGUUUAAAAGGUUCAGACAUGUCUUAUAUACCUCCACAUAAGCGACACUCCAAGGAUCCAGACAGACCUUCCCCUGUUCCAGAUUCUCUUGAAAAUUUAAAGAGUAGCAAUGCUUAUGGCAAAGUUAUUACAUAUUCAAGAGAUUCCAUUUCUAAAUGGUUUCUUGUUAGUUCAAAUGGAAUAGAGGAUGAGGUUCCUCCAUCUAUUAAGCUUGUCCCAAUGUCCUCAGAUUCUUCUGAAUGCAUCAGAUAUGGAGAAAAUUAUUUGGUAUUGACGAACACUACUAAUGUCCUAAUGUCCCAAUAUGUUUGUAUUAAAAAUAUGUUAGCUGAGGAGAGUGAAGAAGAAGAGAAAUCUCGAUGGAUGUUAGUAGCAGAAAAGGUUGAGAAGGAUCUUGUCUUUGCAUAUGAGCAAGCUAAGAAGACAAUGGAGGACCAUCAUCAUCUUUCAGACAAUGCUAAACUAAGAUUGGUUGCUAGGUUUGGUAAACUUCUCUUUCGUAGGCGUCAAGGUGGUCCUGUGACUGAGUAUUGGCAACAAAAAACGAAUAGGAUCUUCUCUACUGAUGUUCCAACUUCUUUCAUACAAAACAUAAAUUCUAAGGCUAUUCCAAGCCAUGAGUUCUGUAUAGACAUGGAGAAGGAAGUAUACGUUUUGCAGAUAUCGCAGUACACUCGUCCCCAUGCAACCAUUAAAUGUAAAUGUACCGUGAAGGAUGAUGGAAGUCUCAGUAUGUACAAGGCUGAGCUUAAUCCUCUUAAGGCAUUUUGUUGUUGAUGUCCCCUGCAUUGAUAAGAAUCUUGACAUAGGUUUAUGCUCGCCAGCAAAAGGAAAAUGAUGACUCUAACGGUGAUUUGUUUCUGGUAUCUACAUUUAUCUAGAAAAUAGUUAAAUGCCUUUCUUGGAUUUAGAUUUGGAGCAUGGGAAGAUGAGAGAGGGGUGACUUUGAUACUUCAAGACAUCAACACUAAGCUACAGGAGAAGAACAUUGAGAGGGGAUGUGUUUUAGAAAUUCUUAGAGAUGCUCUUGGAACUAUAUGGGACUUCUUGCAUUGUGAUGCUUCUCUUACGUGAUAUAGAACCAUAUGAUGUUGCUGGUGCUAUUUCCGAUUCUCUUUUGCUUUUAAUGUGUGUUUACACUUGAAUGUUUCGAAGUUGUGUGUUUGGGGGAUGUUAAACUUGUGUGUUUUCCAAAAAAAGAACAUAACAUUUGUUUUG